AUGAAGGCACAGGCAGUGCUCUCUGUCAUCCUCAUCCUUGUACCACCUCUAAGUGGAUUUCACGUUAUAUUGCUUUUGUCUUCCUCAAACCUUGAUAAUAUUGAGGAGAAGCAAAUUGCCAUUGGAGGACUUGGUGAAGAUGUAAUUCUCCCUCGCUUAUUUAAGAGUGCGCCUGAAGUAGUAGUUCAUUGGAAGAAUCAAGAGAGCUAUGUGCACUCAUACUACAAAGACCAUCUGGAAAGGCAAGAUCACAGAUACACAAACAGGACAUCCCUCUUUCAUAGAAAUGGAAAUGCCUCCUUAUCAUUUAGAAGAUUAUGCCUUCCGGAUAAAGGAAUUUACAUAUGCUAUGUGGGAACAGCAUCUAAACAUAAAGUGGUACUAAAGGUGGGAGCUUUCAUCACACCUGUGAUAAAGUAUGAAAAGAGGAACAGAGAUAGCUUCUUAAUAUGCAGUGUGUGAAGUGUUUAUCUUUAUCCACUUAUCACAUGGAAAAUGGACAAUACACCCACCUCUGAAAGCAAUAUGGAAGAAACUGAGUCUUUGGGUUUUUAUAUAAAUAGUAUGAUAAAUAUUACAGGAUCAAAUUUAUCUUAUGAAUGUGCUACUGAAAACUCAUUGCCGAAACAAACAUGGACUGGAUUGACAAUGAAAGAUGACCUUCAUAAAAUGCAGGGUGAAAAUGUUGCACUCUCAUGUAAACUUGUGAACACCACCCAGGUGCCCCUGAACCAAGAUUUCAUAGUCACUUGGUCCAAAGUGGAAAAGGAGACCUCCUCCAUCCUGGCUCACUUUCUGAGCUCCUCACAAGAUAACUAUCAGUGAACCCUGAUUUUCAUGGAACAAAGACCUAUCAGUGAACCCUGACUUUCAUGGAACAAAGACCUAAAAAAACAAAGUGACUUCUCUUUGACUUUGAAGGAUCUUAGUCUUUCAGACAGUGGGGAAUACUUAGGCAAUAUUUCUUCAAGCAAAUAUAGCUUACUCACCAUCCAAAUGCUGCAUGUUGUAGGUAAGUUACAAGUAGGGUUGGGUAACAGAUUUUGGCUAUAG